AUGAGAGAGAGGGACUUCAUGCCCAACAUGGAGAGGGGAAAACCUGCCACCUACACGGGGGACAAAAAGGCUAAGAUGGCAGCUAAGACGAACAAGAAGUGGGUGAGAUUAGCCACUGUUUUUGCCUAUGUACUGUCGGUGUCCUUAGCAGCCAUCAUCUUGGCCAUUUACUACAGUUUGAUCUGGAAACCAACUAGCUCUUCAUCCGUGGGUAAGCCAGUGCCAGAGGAGGUCACCCCUAGUCCCAACAUCACCACGAACCUGUCCACGAGCAGCAACGCAUCCGAGUGGAACUCUACACAGUCAGGAUGGUCCCUGAACGUCACCAGACAGGACCCUGUCGCGCACGCGUUUCCGUGGGACAACAGAACCGGGACCGCAGCGCAGCCCGCAUAUCCUCUGGAGGAGAAACAAGUGGACGCGUCCUCCCAGGGUCAAACAACCACAGAGAAUGUACCAACAAGCGGGCCGGACGCGGGGCACAGUGACCCGGACUCACAGGUCACGGCGGUCGAGCCAGACGAGGAGCUUUCCGAGGACACAGACAUAGAUUCUGCUUCUGUUUCCCCAACAGCAGCUGCAGGCUGA